UGGGAGCGCUGCGGCGGGAGCCGAGGACUAUGAGCGGCGCGCGGUGCCCGGAGCCCAGCCCAGCCCUGCCCUGCGCGGUGCCCAGACCUCGGCGCGGCACCAGGUGCUGGGAACUUUGGGCACUGCCUCUGGGACCCCCUGCCGGCCAGCGGGCAGGAUGGUGAGCUCCCUGCAGCCUGUUCUGUGGGCAGGGGUGGGCAGAGCCAGGCAUGGGGGACCCCCGUGUGGUGUGUGUGUGCUGGAAGCUGCCUCACACCUGAUAAAAAAAGCCAGUGGAGGAGCCAGCGCUGCUAUUUUAAGUUGCUGAAUGGAACCUCUGGGGAUGUCAAGGGGAGGGGACAAAGAUUAGCAGAGAGAGGGCCUGCCGCCCCACCGGCCUGGGCAGAUGCUGCAUGUGCCAAGUGGGGCACAUCUCCACAGGCAGCUGGAGCUCCAGGCCGCCUGGGCUCCCCGCCCCCUCCCAAGCGGGCCUCCCCACCCCAGGCUUCCCUGACCACAGGUGCCCGCCUCGUGCCCCUUGGUGCCUGUCUGCUGAUGUGUCCAGUCUGUGCCCGCCAUGCCGCCCUCCGUCUCGGCCUUCCAGGCCGCCUACAUCGGCAUCGAGGUGCUCAUCGCCCUGGUCUCCGUGCCCGGGAACGUGCUGGUGAUCUGGGCGGUGAAGGUGAACCAGGCUCUGCGGGAUGCCACCUUCUGCUUCAUCGUGUCACUGGCGGUGGCUGAUGUGGCGGUGGGCGCCCUGGUCAUCCCCCUGGCCAUCCUCAUCAACAUUGGGCCACAGACCUACUUCCACACCUGCCUCAUGGUGGCCUGUCCAGUCCUCAUCCUCACCCAGAGCUCCAUCCUGGCCCUGCUGGCCAUCGCCGUGGACCGCUACCUCCGUGUGAAGAUCCCACUCCGGUACAAGAUGGUGGUGACCCCCCGGCGGGCAGCCGUGGCUAUCGCCGGCUGCUGGAUCUUGUCCUUCGUGGUGGGCCUGACGCCUAUGUUUGGCUGGAACAAUCUAAGUGAGGUGGAGCAGGCCUGGGCGGCCAACGGCAGCGUGGGGGAGCCCGUGAUCAAGUGCGAGUUCGAGAAGGUCAUCAGCAUGGAGUACAUGGUCUACUUCAACUUCUUCGUGUGGGUGCUGCCCCCGCUGCUCCUCAUGGUCCUCAUCUACCUGGAGGUCUUCUACCUGAUCCGCAAGCAGCUCAACAAGAAGGUGUCGGCCUCCUCGGGCGACCCGCAGAAGUACUACGGGAAGGAGCUGAAGAUCGCCAAGUCGCUGGCCCUCAUCCUCUUCCUCUUCGCGCUCAGCUGGCUGCCCCUGCACAUCCUCAACUGCAUCACCCUCUUCUGCCCCUCCUGCCACAAGCCCAGCAUCCUCACCUACAUUGCGAUCUUCCUCACGCACGGCAACUCGGCCAUGAACCCCAUCGUCUAUGCCUUCCGCAUCCAGAAGUUCCGGGUCACCUUCCUUAAGAUCUGGAAUGACCACUUCCGCUGCCAGCCUGCACCCCCCGCCGAUGACGAUCUCCCCGAAGAGAGGCCUGAUGACUAGACUUCUGCUCCCUCUCGCCCUCGUCCUGCGGGGUCUCAGCCCAAUCCUCACCUCCCUGCCGUCCCACGGGUCUCCCUGAGCCUGCCCCGGCUGGGCUGUGGGUUGUGGGCACGGGGCAGGCUCUGAAGAGAUGCCAACGGGGCAGGGGCCCCUCCACAAGGAGUUAACUGCCCUGCACACCUGGGUCCUGCAGAAGGCCUAGGGGGGCAGUCCACGGGGAAGGAACCGGGUGCCCUGAGGCAAAAGAGAGUGUUUUGAGCCCCCACCUGCUGACCAUCCCCCUGAGCUGUCCAGUGCUUCAGGGCUGGGCAGGUCCUGGGAGGCUGGGACUGCGGAGGGGCCACCUCCCUCAGGCCCUGCAUUCAGGUCUGAGCUGUACCCACCUGGGGCGGGAGAAGGUGCUCAGGCUUCUGCAGUGAGGCAGGGAGUCUGCUUGUCUUAGGUAUUGGUGAGGCAGCCCUGGGACCAAGCUUAAGGAGAGAACAUCACCCCCAAGAUGGAGGGAAGAAAGGAAUGGGGGAUGUCUUGGCCUUCUCUCCUGUUCAGUAUGAGAAGGCAGCCAGAAGCAGCUAAGGGACAGGAAGCAAGGAGCCUCUGUCCCCUACCUCUGAGGACUCUGGGCCCUCGGCCAUAUCGGGUGCCAGGCUCCCUGCUCUUCUUGCCCUGGGCAGCCAGGAUUGGGCUUGGGAGAGGCUGAAAGAGUAGGUCCAGAAGUCAUUCUGACAUUUUAUUCUCCACCAGCCCUUGGACCCCAGACUGGGGGCUCUGAGCCCUGGGGAAUGAGUUUUGCACGGUAGCGCUGCUUUCAAAUAGCCACUAGGCGGCAGCACUGAGCCUUCGUGCCCUGUGCUUUCAGAAGAGGAGCCGGGAGUGUAAUUACCCUCAAGAUGGUCCUGAACUUUCCUAGGCAACAUCAUCUCUGCUGCAUCUGGGCCUGAUGGAGAGGAGAAUCCCAGACACACCAACUUCUGGGAGCAUUCUGUCUGCCUGGGAGGGGUGGACAAGGGUCCUCAAAGGACCGGUGCUGACUGUGGACACUCCUGGGGUGGGCCGUGGCAGGCUGAAGCUGGCCAGGGGAGACCCUAAGACUGUGGGGGAGGUCUUGUUGGCUUAAAUACCCUAAAUGCCCCUGGUAUUUAGCUCAGUUUCCAGAGCUUCUGUUACAGAGGGGGUCUAGGCCUUCAGGGAACUGGCAAAGGACCAACCCACCCCCUGCCAAGCCUGGAGCCUCUCUGUAGAGAGGCAGGGUGGGGGAGGGGAGGUGGUCAUCAAGUUGACAGGUUCUGAGAGUGAAAGCGACUCCGGGCUUUCAUUCCAGGCCCCUCCCUCUGUUGGCGAUGGGAGUGUCCCCUGGCUCCCAGGGGAGGCCCACUUGACUAAUAAAAGAUUAAACCCUU